CAUGGAGAGAAACUCAAACUCUUCUGUUUGAAUGACAAACAGCCCAUCUGUGUUGUCUGUCACAUAUCAAAGAAACAUAAAGGCCAUGACUGCUAUCCCAUUGGGGAGGCUGUGCCUGAUUUGAAGGUCAGUUUGUGAAAGUAUUUGUUCACUUUGCUUUUAUUUUAACUGGUCAUUUCAAUCCCAUUAUGUGACUGAGUAGAGAGUGACUGGCUGGAUUAAAGACUGGUUUGUGUAACAUACAUUCCUGAUUUAGUUUUACUAGGUUUACAAAAAUCACUUUUAAUUUAACUUUAGAGUGAAAUCCAGCAUAUGGAUUCCACUUUGAAGAAGGAAUUAGAAAACAUGAACACAGCCAAGAUGUGCCAUCAAACCUGGGAGGAGCAUAUACAGGUAUCUGUCAUAAAAAUAAAUGUUUUUUUUAAAUAUAGAAACAUUUGAGCAGUGUUCAAGUUUAAUCUUGUCUAUUAGGGUCAAGCCCAGCAUAGAGAGGAGCAGAUAAGGGAGGAGUUUAAGAAACUCCACCAGUUCCUGGAAGAGGAAGAGACAGCCAGGAUAGCUGCUGUAGUAUCUGAACAAUUUAUAAUUUUGGCUGACGUUUGCAAAUGGUGUGAUAGAUUAACUUUACUCUGCUUUGCUGAAACAUCUGGAAAGCAUUACUACAGGGGCUCCUUGGAAUAGAGGACAUUUGGAGAUAUGUGGAGGCCAGGGAUUGGUCUAUCAAAAACCACCCAUCUUAUGUUACAUAGGAUAAAUACCAUGUUUCAACAAAGGACGGGGAGAAUAAUCAUUUUUAGAUUGGGUUAGUUGUUCUCCGGAUUUCUGCAGAAAUCUGUAAAUUGACGCUGGAACCUUUGAUAUAAUAAACCUUUAUAAUCAGGUACAGUGUCAGCGGAUUUCUUGUCUACACAGCAUAUCAGCAUCGUUGUCCUGACACCACACUGCCCUGAGAAAGGAAGCGAAACAGAAAUGUGAAGUGAUGCGAGAAAGAGCUGAGCCGUUGACCAAGGAGAUUUCAACCCUAAUAGAGACUAUUCAAAUGAUCAAGGACAUGGAAGUUGACAAUAUCACAUUCCUUCAGGUAAGGGUAAAGACUUUUUAAAUGACAAAGAUGUAAAUUCCCAACAUGAUCUCAUGAACUCACUGCAAAAACUGAUGUUCGUCCAAAAGACGCAAGCUUCACACUGCUAGGCUGCAGUCAAAUAUCAUAUAACGCCUUGCAAUUCACAACCAGGUUGGAAAUUGCUGGUGAAUAAUUUCACAACUGUAAAUGUGUUAUUCCUCUGUGAGUUUUUUCUAAAUUAUCUCAGUAUCAUCUGAUAUAACAUAGUGACAUAUGUCCUACUUUUUGUAGAAUUACAAGGCCAUACUUAAUAGGUACGUUGUAAGUUAUGUCCCAUUUCAUUCCUACUAAAUACAUGUUACGCUCCAUUUACAACAGCACUGAUGUUUAAUUAUUCCCAUAGAGCUGAAUCCACACCAACAGACAGAUGCUGAGAUAGUGUCAGGAGCAUUCAUUGACAUAGCCAAGCAUGUGGGAUCUCUGAAAUUCAAGGUCUGGAAGAAGAUGUUUGGGAUCGUUUACUAUAGUAAGUCCAAGUUUUUCACAAAUGUUUUUUUUUUUAUCUUGAAUAUUUUACUGUAGCAAAUAAAUGUAUUUUUCAAUAGUUAUUUGAAAUAGUUUUAUCUCCCAACACACCCACACACUUCAGUAUUAAGGUACAAUAUUAAAGUACAAUAAACUUUCCCCUUAAGCUUCAGUGACCAUGGAUCCAAACACAGUGUCUGCAAGGCUCAUACUGACACAUGACCUGACCACUGUGAUGUACAGUGAGGAGAGGCAGAACCUUCCAGAAAAUCCUGAGUGGUUUAAAAUGGGAGUGUUGGGUUCUGAAGGGUACAGUAAAGGCAGACAUUUUUGGGAUGUAGAGGUAGGAGAAAGUGAUAACUGGACCCUGGGAGUAGCCAAAGAGUCAAUUGUGCGCAACAAGCCACUCAAAAUGGAGCCUCAGAGUGGAUUGUGGAGCAUCAGAUAUAUUAGUGGGAAAUAUAGAGUAUGUGUAAAACCUUGCAUCCAGGUCAAGGUGGAUGAGAGCCCACGAGUGAUCAGAGUACGUCUGGACUGUGACAAGGGGGAGCUGACAUUCUGCGAUCCCACUAAGGGCACUACUCUGUACACAUUCAAUGAUACAUUCACUGAAAAAGUGUUCCCAUACUUUUACAGUACCAAUCAGUUUGUCCCACUGCGCCUUUUGUCAGUUAGCCCCAACUUUCAUUGGCAAAAUAUAAACGAGUGGAGACAGGUAGCCAGGUUUAUAAUAUUUGGGGACAAAUAUCUACUAACAUGCUAACUAGUUUACGUAUCAACUGGAGGGACCCCAUUGAGUGAGCUUUAGUUGAAUCCAGCUCCAUGCAAAUAGCUGUAAGACUUGCCUCAACACAAAGCAUACUAUAGGUAUAAGUAGUGUAAUUUAAUUGAUGCCAAUAGAAUGCAUAUAUACCUCCUAUAUAGUAACAACUUUCUAUGUCAUAAUUAUUGUAAGAGUGUUUAAAGCAGUUGUUACAGUAUGUAAAAUAUGUAAAGUACAGUGUCAAUAAUCUAAAUAAAUAUGUUAUGUUUCUAUUGCAUUUCAUGUUGUGCUUUUUUAUUUAACUGAAUGGACCUUCCUAAUUAUUUAAAUGAGUUUAAUUAAUUACUCAUUUACACAUUACAAAAUAAAUUCAAUUUGCGACCAUUGCAUAUAUUCACCACUAGAUGGGUAUCUCCAACUACCGGUAUACGGUGGAGACCACUGUUGCUCAAUGCCACAUUGUAAAAUGGGCAUACAGUCAAAGAGCGGGCCUACAACAAAAAAAGUAAACAUCAAUGGCGUAAAUACAUCCCACGGCUAUGACAUUUUCACAUUCAAAUAGUAGUGCUCAAGGCAUGACAACUCAUUAGUGAAACAUUACUUUUAAUUUGAAUACAUUAUUUGUUUACAAAGUCAACAAUGACAACAAACACAAACAAUGGAGUAACAUUCUAGUACCACCAAAUAAUGAAACCAAUGUGAACACAAAGUGGAACUGGUGAUAAAGGGUUAAAGAAUGGUCUGUCUGGCUCCACCCCUAUAAGGCUGUGUCACACCAUAACAGGAAGAAGGAAGUCAAAACAGCUCUUGGCGACGCAGAUAAAAGAAGAGCUUUACGUGUCUUUGGUGGCGGUUCCCUGUAGAUAUCAGGUGAGUGUCACCGUAACUUGUGGUAUUAAACCACUCCCAAACUAAACAUCGACUUGUCCUAGGACCUAGGCAUUAAGUAUGGCCAUUUUGAAGUUCAGACAGUAUGUUGUUGAGCCCAAAUAUCCAUAUAUAUUCUGUUGGGUAAAGUAAAAGUAAAUACUGUACCUUAGCUUACUGAGGCCAUUAGCUAAAUAGAACACAAACAAGGGCUGGCUCUGGCUCUGUCUCUGUCUAAUGCCUGCAGCACUGUGUCUUCCUUUUCCCUACAUUCCCUUCCAAAGGAGGAGUCACUUUCGUGUGAAGAAGGCAUGGCCGCCCGAUUCUCUCUCCCAGAGGAUGACCUCUGUUGCCCUGUGUGCUGUGACGUCUUCAGGGACCCCGUAGUCCUCAAGUGCAGCCACAGUUUCUGUGCAGCCUGCCUACAGCAGUACUGGUCUGGGAAGGGCUCGGGCCGGGACUGCCCUCUCUGUAGGAGGGAGUUUGUGGACGAGCCAGUGGCCAGCCUCACUUUGAAGAACCUGUGUGACUCCUACAUCCAGGGGAGUGGCGCGCUCAGGCCUACAGGGGAGCUGUGUGAGCCGGGUGAGCUGUGCUCCCUGCACGGGGAGAGGCUGAAGCUGUUCUGUCUGCAGGACAAGGAGCCCAUCUGUGUGGUCUGUCACACCUCCAGGAAGCAUAAAAACCAUGAGUGCUGCCCGGUGGAAGAGGCUAUAGGCGACAUUAAGGUAAUCUGAUGUUGUGAUAGACAGCCCUAUAAAUAUAAAUGGAUCUCUAGCUAGCGUUUUAUGAGUUCAGAGAUGAACAUGAAGGUAAAGGGAAACAUGCUGGGAGUUUGAGCUAAUCUGUUUUAUGCCUCUGCAACUGUUUGCCUUUGAAGAACUGAUAUGUUUUGUUUACUCUAUUCUUAGUCCAAUUCUCUCUCUAAUGUUCUUUAGGAGGAGAUGAAGUCUGUAUUUAUUUGUUUGCAAGAGAAGAGGGAGGCUUUUGACAAAAUGAAGCAAAACUACGAAAAUACAGUGACACACAUUCAGGUAGUGUUGUUGGUUAGCCAUAUCAUGAAAUCAAAAUCUCUCGUAUGCUAACACACAAUCUUAACAAAGGUCUCAUUUCAGGUCCAGGCCCGGUUUGCGGCGAAGAGGAUUCAUGAGGAGUUUGAGAAGCUCCACCAUUUCCUCCAAGCUGAAGAGGCUGCUAGGCUUGCAGCUCUGAAAGAGGAGGAGGAGAGUAAGAGUGAGAUGUUGAGGCAGAGUAUGAGGGAGAUGGACAGAACCCUGGCCUCCCUCUCUGACACAAUUAGAGCCAUGGAGGAGGAGAUGGCUUUGGAGGAUAUCGCUCUCCUUCAUGUAAGCUUUUCUACUUGUGUAUUAUCCGAUACAUGAACUGAAGGUGCAUAUCAUCAAACUGCCUAAAAACAAUGUUUUUUUGUGGGUUUUUUCCCAGAAAUGCAAGCAGACAAUGAGAAGGUGAGUACAUUCCAACCCCUGGUGGUUUCACUGUCUACAGAACAUGAAACGAUGAGUACUAACUCCUACUUGUUCUGGAUGUAUAGUGCUCAGUGCAUCACACUGCAGGACCCAGUUAUGGUCUCGGGAGCACUCAUCGAUGUGGCCAAGUACUUGGGCUCACUUCAAUACAAAGUGUGGGAGAAGAUGCAAGGGAUUGUUAAAUACAGUGAGUACUGAGUACGAGCUGCAGAGUGUUGAACAUCACUCGGUGUCAAGACUAGUCUAUUUUAUUACAUGAGACUGAAAUGUUAACUUUUGAAUCACUUUAAGUGCUUCCUAAUGUGUAUUGACACAGCAAUUACAGUGGUGAGAACCGCUACAUCAUGGUAACUGGCUGUACUUUCUCCUCAGCUCCAGUGACUCUGGACCCCAACACGGCUGCCCCCUGGCUCCUGCUGUCUGAAGACCUCACCAGUGUGAGGGACAGCGACGACAAACUGAAGCUUCCAGACAACCCCGAGAGGUUCGACCCCGACACGGGCGUACUGGGCUCUGAGGGUUUCAGCUCAGGGAAGCAUGUCUGGGACGUGGAGGUUGGAGAAAACAGCGCCUGGGUCCUCGGCGUAGCCAAAGAGUCCAUCAAGAGGAAAGAAAAGGUCUCCUCUGUGCUGAAGAAUGGAUACCUGUCCGUGUACUUUUACCACAAGAUGUACUUUGCAGGGACCUCACCCCUGACACGACUCAAUCUGAAGAAGAGCCCUCAGAGGAUCAGAGUGCAGCUAGACUGGGAGAAGGGGAGAGUGUGCUUCUCUGACCCAACUGACAACACACAGAUCUACACUUUCAAACACACAUUUUCUGAGAGGGUCUUCCCCUAUUUCUGGGUUGGCUGUAAGCAGUGUCCUUUGAGGAUUGAGCCAUUAGAGGUCUCAGUGAAAUCUGUAGAUCACACAUGAUAAUGUUAUGGAAUUUUCUGUCAAUCUAAAAAGUGUCUUUCUUGAUGUUGAUUUUAUCUGUCAUAAGACAAAAUCUAAUGGGUAAAUAACAUUUAAAUAUCUACCACUCGUUGCCUUUAAAUAAACACUGACAUUUGAUUUUCUAAUGGUCAAGUGUUUACAUUUAUUGUAUUGUAUUCUGUAGUGUAUGGAAUAAAAGUUAUUGUUUUCUGUGUGGAGUAAAACUAAAUAAAAAUGGAAUAUACC